AAUGUAACAUUCAGAUGCUGUUAAAAUGUGGUCCCGCACAGUCACAACAGAACAUCGGUUUAAUUGAAAAUACACUUCUGUACAUCUGUCCAAACCCUCCUUGAAAAAGUGUAUUAACAAGUUAUUGCUCACACUGCCGCUCGGUGGUAAGAGAAGGUAUUGCGUGAUGACGCUGUCACACUGCGCUAGUUACGCUGCUACCCGUACCGACGUAAACACGUGCACUUCGCUGCUUCCAGGUUACAGUUUUUUUCAUUCCACCGUCAUUCUCGCGCUGUAGCAUCAUUCCCUGACAACAGCAGCGAUGGCGGAACCCGUAGCAUCGGAUGCGGCGGCCAAAACGGACGCAGCAAUAGCGGCAGCAUCUCCGACCCCGGCCCUCUCUCCCGCAGCCAGCCCUGGCUCGGAACCUCCAUCCAUGGCUCUCUCUCCCACGGCGGAUGGCUCCCAGCGGCUGCUCUUCUCCCACGACUUGGUCUCCGGGCGGUAUCGCGGCUCAGUCCGGUUUGGCCUCGUACGGAUGAUCCACGGCGAGGAGGAUUUUAAUUCAGACUCAGACCUCGACGAUGGCGGAGGGAGAGGCGGUGGUGGUGGCGGAGGAGGUGGUGGCGGAGGAGGAGGACGAGUCCCUUGUGGUUCGGACACUGAGAGCGCUGUGGACACCCCGAGUCGGCCUCUCGUCAGGGGAUUUGUCCGCGUCCAGUGGUACCCUGAAGGAGGAAAGCAGGACAUCAGGGAGACAAAGCUGAAACUUGAAGAUCGAUCUAUCGUCAUUAGAGACAUCGUGCGACGAAACAAUUCUAAUGAUAACCAGUGUGGUAUUGUGACAAAUAUUGAUAUUGAGUGUGCGGUGAAACUAGUGGGAACAAACUGCGUUCUGUAUCCAGUUAACAGCAAAGACCUGCAGCACAUCUGGUCUUUUAUGUACGGCGACUACAUUGCCUACGACUUCUGGCUGGGGAAAGUGUAUGACCUGACUAAUCACAUCAUCCUCAAGCUCUCAAAUGGAGCCAGGUGCUCCAUGAGUGUAGAGGAUGGUGCCAAGCUUUAUGACGUCUGUCCACAUGUCAGUGAUUCGGGCCUGUUCUUCGACGAGGCCUACGGUUUCUACCCGGGACAGGUCCUGAUUGGUCCGGCCAAAGUCUUCUCUAAUGUACAGUGGCUGUCAGGGGUCAAACCCGUCCUCAGCAGGAAAUGCAAAUUCAGGGUGGUGGUAGAAGAGGUAAAAGUGGUAGAGCUGAAGGUGACGUGGAUCACCAAGAGCUACUCUCCGAAAGGUUCUGACAGCGUCUAUCCUCCUCCCUCCACCAUCACACAGGAGAAUCUCUGCAGGGUGAGGCGUCUAGGAUACUAUGACCACACCCAGAGGCAGCUGGGGGAGAGGGCCCUGUAUGUUUUUCCUGCUAAAGGAGAUGCCACACGCAUCACCUGUGAAGGACCCGAGGGUGCCCCUGUCCUCCCUGAAGAUCCUGUGGCUCGAAAAUUGAAAAGGAUGUUCAAGAAAGACUCGGGGAAGAAGACAGAGAACGCUGAAACACAAGGUGAGCAUAAAUCAGAGCAGACAGACUCGUCCCAUCCAAACAACAAUGGCCCUGUGGCUCCCAUCCAGAGCCCUCCGGACGCCCACAUCACCAACGACACCUCAGCUGAACACGGGGAGCAGGACGCUGACGAUGAGGCUGCGGAAGACACUGACGAUACCAGCUCUCUGACGUCGUCGGCCAGCUCCACAGCCUCUUCUCAGAGUGGAGGUUUGGGAAGCAAUCGGAAGAAGAGUAUUCCGCUCUCCAUUCGUAACCUGAAGAGGAAGCAUAAGAAGAAGAGGACCAAGUUUUCUCGUGAGUUCAAGCCUGGAGACCGGGUUGCUGUGGAAGUUGUAUCUACAAAGACCACGGCUGAUGUCAUGUGGAAGGACGGUCGAGUGGAGAAGGGGAUCCGAUCAAAUGACCUCAUCCCCAUCCAGCACCUCGACAGCCAUGAGUUUUGUCCCGGGGACUUCGUGGUAGACAAACGACCCCAAGCCCUCCAGGACCCAGGUGUGUACGGUGUGAUCCAGUCUGGUGAUCACAAGGGCAGAACAUGCGUUGUCAAGUGGAUCAAACUCAACUCCUCCAGUGAUGACGUGGAGGUCAUCGGUGUGGAGGAGGAUGUCAGCGUGUAUGACAUCGCAGAUCAUCCAGAUUUCCACUUCCGCACCACCGACAUUGUCAUCAGAAUAUGGAACUCAGAGAAUGGACAGAACGACUGCGAAAAUGAGACAUCAGUUGGCCAGGUGUCCAGGGUGGAUGUGAGCAGUAAAGUGGAGGUGGUGUGGGCGGAUAACUCCAUGACGAUUGUCCUGCCACAGCACCUCUACAGCGUGGAGUCUGAGAUCGAAGAGACCGACUACGACUCCGUGGAAGAGACAAGCAGCGUUCUGUCCACUGAGGAGUGGGAGGAUGAGAGCGACAGCUGGGAGACGGAUAACGGCCUCACCACUGAGGACGACAGUCAUGUCAACAACCCGGAUGCCACCGACACUGCGACCCCGACCCCGACCCCCACUGGCUCCACGACAUUCAUUAUCCCCCCUCAAGAGAGCAGCAAAGCAGGGGUCAUCAGCCCCACUAAAGGAGUUUCUGGAGAGGAGGGAGAGGUGGCCGUGGCGAGUCCUGCUUCUGGAGGAACCACUCAAGGGGCAGUCAAUGGAGCAGAGAAGCCCAGUAAAGAUGGUGCCUCUCGGGGCUUCAGGGAAUUGAAAGAGGCUUUGAAGAUCCUGGAGAGCCUGAAAAACAUGACUGUGGAGCAGCUGUGGACUGGCGGUUCUCCAACCUCCCCGACCUCUGCUGAACCCACUUCCACAACUCAUGUAGCGACUACAGUGGUGCCAGCGGCUCCCGAGAAACCGACCAAGGAGAAACGCUUCCUGGACGACAUCAAGAAACUGCAGGAGAACCUGAGGAAGACACUGGACAAUGUGGCCAUUGUGGAGGAAGAGAAGAUGGAGGCUGUGGUGGAGGCAGGUGGGAGCGGAGGAGCAGGGACAGAGGCAGAGAGAGCAGGAGAGGAAAAGCCCCAGCAGGAGCCGCAGACACCAGUGAGUGGACAAGAAUGGCCCAGCGAGUUUCUCAGUGACACACCAGUGCUGUGCCAGCAGAGUGGUGGCAAACCUGGCGUUACCUUCACCAGUGCCAAAGGAGAAGUGUUCUCUGUGCUUGAGUGGGCACCAGACACACACUCUUUUAAGAAAAUGGAGUUUCAGCCAGCAGAGGCAAAGAAGUUUUUCAGCACAGUAAGGAAGGAGAUGGCUCUACUCGCAACAUCGCUGCCCGAUGGCAUCAUGGUCAAAACAUUUGAAGAUCGCAUGGACCUGUUCUCAGCUCUGAUCAAAGGGCCGACUCGCACACCCUAUGAGGACGGUUUGUUCCUGUUUGACAUACAGCUGCCAAACAUCUACCCAGCUGUGCCGCCUCUGUUUCGCUACCUUUCGCAGUGCAGCGGGCGCCUCAAUCCAAACCUGUACGACAACGGCAAAGUCUGCGUCAGUCUGCUGGGCACCUGGAUUGGCAAGGGCACCGAGAGAUGGACCAGCAAGUCCAGUCUGCUGCAAGUUCUUAUCUCCAUACAAGGCCUUAUCCUCGUCAAUGAGCCUUACUAUAACGAGGCUGGCUUUGACAGUGACAGAGGCCUACAGGAGGGAUAUGAGAACAGCCGCUGCUACAAUGAGAUGGCCCUGAUCAAGAUGGUCCAAUCUAUGACGCAACUCCUCCAGAAUCCCGUGGAUGUCUUUAAACAGGAGAUCCAAGAACACUUUGCCUCUAACGGCUGGCGGCUAGUCCACCGUUUGGAUGCGUGGCUGGAGCUGAAUGAUGCAGCAGAAAGGGGUCAGGCUGCACACAUGUCUUCCAGGGCUCAACAUUCAAAGGACCGGCCUUCAUCUGUCGAGCCCCUGGACGAGCAGCUGCCACUGGGGUCGGCGCCCAUGGCGGUGGCCCACAGCAGCCCCAGUAAGCCUGGGGAGGAGGGGGUCAUGGGAGGAGGAGUUACCAGUAUUAUGGAGGAGGAGCUGGAGGAUUCAGGGCUGAGUCCCUCUACUACAGCAGCCCCUCAGCAGGAGCUGAGCCAGAACUCAGACUGUGACAGCGCACAGGGGAUUGCCUCUGUGGGUGGUGAAAACAGGGCUGCCUCCACUGGCCCUGGCUCUGUAGUCCGUGGCGGGACAUCAGAAUCGGGUUCAGCAGUGGUCAGCGGAGGAGGCGCGGGCUCUGCAGGAAGCCAGCCAGUGGUGCGACCAAAGAAACGGAGAAAGAGCUACCGGAGUUUCCUCCCCGAGGGCAGUGGCUACCCAGACAUUGGCUUUCCACUCUUCCCACUCUCUAAAGGGUUUGUGAAGAGCGUUCGAGGUGUGCUGCUGCAGUACCGAGCUGCGCUGGCUGCCACUGGCAUCCCUGAGCACGCAGAGGACAAUGUCUCUGCAGAUGAGUGUGAUGAAUAAACAGGGGUGGACCUCACAUGCACAGUUAGACAAACCGAUGGGAGCUAUCCCGUCACGUAGGAACCCUCAUCUGUUCAUGGACGCAGGUAAAAACAUGGAGCUUUUUAUUGGAGGCAGUCGGACUUCUCUCUUGGCCUCAGUAGGACUUUGACUUCAGUGGAGGUGGUGUGGAUGCAAAAAGGACUGAAUGAGAUGAAAAAUCAGUGCCAUGAACCCUCUUCUAUCCUACUCAUUCAAACCGCCUCCAGCGGCAUCCACCUUCUGGACGGAGAUUUGCUGGAUAACCACUCUGCUGUCUCAAUCAGCCUGAAAAAUGUAAAGCAGACUCGUGAUCGUCGCUGCAUUUUGGCACGAGGCCUAAGACAGCCAGCUUGCUCUGGAAAAACUGCAAUGCCCAGCUCUCCUGGCUGUAAGGUGAACUGCGGCUAUGUGUAGCACUACUGAAAAUAUCGCUGUACCAUCCUGCACUACAACAAACGAAUGGACAAUCUGGUCUGCAAGAGGUGACAACUUAUAAAUACAAUGACCAGGAGGAUUCUUUUUAAGUAUAAAUCACUGGUUGUAUGCUUUCUGCCAAAUUCUCUCUAGCCACAAACACACAAAUAUUCAAGUAGAACAUACUGAAUGUCAGUAAAACUGCCAACAGCUUUGCCACUUCUUCCACUACACUUGCUGGUAUUUUCCUUCGCCAAUCACUCGCACUGAACCACGCGGCAAACAUCGAGUGACGAAGUUUACAUACAAAUCACCUCUGGAGGUCAGACUGCUGUAGCCGUUGGUGUUUAAAGAAGCCAGCACGGCAGUUAGGCGGCUCCACGUGAAGGCGUUUGAGCUCUAGUCAAAGUUUUAACACAGCUGCCACCUCUACGUACAAAUUUCCAUUCACUUUCUGUAGAAUUUAGCAGAGUUUUUCGAUCACCGAAAUGAAACUUGUGCUUUGGUGUUUUUUCACGCACUUGAGGUCGUUUUACUCACAGAGGCCAAGGAAAGCUUUACCCACAAUGCUCCACUCUUCUGUGACGGAGGUCAGCCCACAUCACUGCAAAUGACACAAAAAAUUAAUGAAUAAAUAAAUAAAAAAAACCCAUACAGCAUCCAUUCCAUCAUCUCAUGUCAACAUGUUGCCUUACUUGAAUUGUUCUUGAUGAUCUCAGACCAUUGUGCACAGAGCUGCUUGUGUCAUGCUUUAGACAUUAUCCUAUACAGACCUAGACACGCACUAAAAACCCACUAAAACCCUGUUCCAGUGUUUUUCUCCUUGAUAUUGCAGAUCUGAUCUCUGAUCAGUUUUCCCACUUUAUCAGUUCUUGAUCACGCUGUCUCUGCGUUCUGAGCUUUGCCUCUCCAGUUUGCACGUGCCGAGUUUAAUAACAUCAGAAUACAAGUCACAGUGAGUUUGCUGCUGAAGGUUUGUUGGUAUUAUAAUUAUUCAGCUUGAUUGUUAUUAUUUUCUGUUACUCCAUGUAUCCCCAACUCGAGCGUUUUAUCCCAUGAAGGUGACUGCUGAUCCCACAUGAGAGUAAAUUACACAAAUUAAAGCACGCAGGCAGAACUUCAGCUGACGCGAUUCCUGUCUGUGAUCUGUUUUUUUCCUCUACGUGACAUAUAUUCAGUCUGGAUCAAAAGAAGUCUUUUUUUUUACUAGGUUGCCAUGAAAUUCUUUGCUUUGCCACAGAUUGUGUUGUAUUCAACUGUGAAAGAAAGUGAAACCUUUGGGUCCAAUCGUGCUUCCUGGGAAAAUCUGAGCAGUCUCUGUUUACAUCUGUUCCAGUAACUGCAUCCCACCUCUAACGUGAUGUUUUCUUUCAAGAUAUUAGGAAUCUCAUUGUAAUGAUAAAUAUUAUUAUGAUAAUACAGGUCAGACAAACCCCCCUUGUGCUUAUUUUAACCUGUUAACUAAACAAGAGAGCUGUUGCUGUCUGGUAUUUUACUUGAACUAAGAAACUUGAUGCUGAAGAGUGUUUCUGAACGAGAGAGCACACUGUGCCAUUGUGAAAUGACGAGUGAUGGGAGAGGAUAAAAAGGAUAAGAGUCGCUGCGUUUUAAAGAGACUUAACCAAAAAAAAAAAAAAAAAAAAAAAAAAACAA